ACUGCCUAGAUUCCUGGAGCCUUCACUCUAGUUCCAUUAGAUGCUUGUGUGAGAGAGAGAGAGAGAGAGAGAGAGAGAGAGCGCCUCCUUGUAAUAUUUCUUGCUCAAAUGAGUAUUCCAAAUUCCCAACAGGCAGCAGUGCCCAGUGCCACUGCACCUUCCUCUUCUGAUAAAAUCUUUCUUGGGCACAUAUUAUGCAAUUCUUCUUCUUAUGUGAUGUGUGUAUGUUGUGCUGCUGGUGCUUCUGUUUCUGAGAUGGAUGCUCAUUUGAGCAAGCAACAUUAACUGGAGGAUAUACAUACAUACAUUUAUGGGAUUUAUGGGCCUUUUCAGCUUCCUCUGCAUCCCAUCAUAUGCAACUUGCAAAACAAAGCUUUCCCUGCAGCCCAAGAUAAGAAUUAGACCGGCAGCCUCAUAUUACUAAUUGGAGUCUUCGCAGUCCGUCAGUAUUCACUUGAGCCAACCCCCUGAGCUACUCCCAGAUAAGUAUUCUUUGCAUUUCUUGAUUUGCCAUGACCUAAUUAAUUACAUUUACAAUCUGUUUGUUUAUGAUUAUUCACAUGUAUGUAGUUUAUUUAUAUAUAUAUAUAUAUAUAGGCAAGUUGUGUGAUUCCUUUUCCAAAGUUGGAUGAACUUUCAGAAUAUUGCUGUGAUUCCUUUUCCAGUUUAGCAAGCAAAGGUUAUUCCAUUGUCUAUCCAACUAAACCAGGAUCCUGGACACCUUCAUAUCAGCAGUAAAGCUUUAACCUUUAAGCCAAACCCUCUUAUAUAUAUAAAUAAAUACAUUAAACCUACCUUUUUAUUUUAAUUUAUUUAUAUUUAACGCCGUAUCUGAGCUCGGCACUGAUUAAUACAAUGGGUGACGGGCCCCGGCCCCUCCUUAAUUCAUACUUUUAUUGGCUAAUGGAUCAGAAUUCGAACCCCUUCACCCUCUUUAUCUUGCUAACUUGAGGUUCAAUUUUUAUACAUAUAGCGAAAUCAUAUUAGAUCCUGUGAAUACACUCUAUAUAUAACAUUUUUUUCUCUAUUUCCAAAAGCCAUGAUUUCCUAAAUUUGGCCACUUCAGUGUCCUAGAAGAAUCCCUCCUUACCAAGGGAAGAAUGACGGAACAGAAUCAUUGGAAAAGCUCAAAUCCAAAGGCCCAUGUUUAGACACUUGGAAAUUUCUCACAAUAGAAACUUUUCACAAUUGCUCUUGCAAACACAGCAUCAAGCAGUUCCCCAACCACAAAGAAAAGCAUCCACCACAAGUGCUUUUCUUCCCCGCAAUUCACCAUUCCCAUCACCAUCACCUCCACUCCAGAGUCAUGGCAGAAACUGUUCCCCCCUUCUUUGCUUCAAUCAUCAGCAAAUUCUCAUUCUCAAUCCUCGUUGCAUUAACCCUAAUUCAAGGUUUGCAUAUAUCCCAUAUGCGUGUUUUCACUUUUAGCACUAAAAAAAACGAUGUAAGGAGUUUGAUAAUUUAAUUUGUGCAGCAUAUGUUGGUUCAUGUUUGUGUUAAUUACUAAAACGAUUACUGGUAUGUGUUCGACUAGGUUCGGCAGGAUCGAUCGGAGUGAACUACGGCACAGUUGCGAACAAUCUCCCUCCUCCGGCGCAGGUUGCACGCUUCCUCUUGGAGUCCACCGCCAUCAAACGUGUGAGGUUCUUCGACGCCAACCCCGAAAUGCUGAAGGCCUUUGCUCACACUGGCAUUUCCAUCAUCAUCACAGUCCCUGAUGACCAAAUCCCCCACUUAACCAAGCUCAGCUUUGCUCAACAAUGGGUGAAAACCUUUGUCCAACCUUACAUCCCGGCCACCAACAUCACCCGAAUCUUGGUAGGCAACGAAGUCCUCGCCACCGCGAACAAACUGCUCAUCGGGAACCUCGUUCUGGCCAUGGAAACACUCCAUGAAGCCCUCGCCGGGGAAACCCUAGACCACUUGAUCAAAGUCUCCACUCCUCAUUCUUUAGGCAUUCUCUCGACGUCGAGUCCGCCGUCCACGGGGAAGUUCCGGCAAGGGUACGACACCCAUGUGCUCAAGCCCAUGCUUGGGUUCUUGAGAUCAACCGGCUCGCCUUUCAUGAUCAACCCAUAUCCUUUCUUUGGCUGCUCCGCCGAUACUCUUGACUAUGCGCUGUUUCGCCCGAACCCUGGGGCGUUUGAUGAAACCACUAGGCUCACUUACACCAACAUGUUGGAUGGGCAAUUGGACGCGAUUUACUCUGCCAUGGCACUCCUCGGAUUCCCCGACAUCGACAUAGUUAUCGCCGAAACCGGGUGGCCAUCGAAUGGGGAUGCCAACCAAGUUGGUGUUGAUGCAGAGACGGCAGCUGAAUUCAACAGGAAGCUCAUUGAGCAUGUGUCCUCAGGGGUUGGCACACCCCUCAUGCCAAACAGAACAUUUGAGGCCUACAUUUUUGCUCUCUUCAAUGAGAACCUAAAGCCCGGCCCGACGUGCGAAAGGAAUUUCGGGCUGUUUCGGCCCGAUAUGACUCCCGUCUACGAUAUCGGGAUCCUCCGGCCAACGGCUACUGCUUCUUAUCCAUCAAACUCGGGCCCAGGCCCAGCUGCUGCACCAACUGCGAGCCCAUUGCCAAGGUCCAGGGGCAAGCAAUGGUGUGUUGCCAGACCAGGAGCCCAACAAGAGGCUUUGCAGGGAAAUAUUGAUUAUGUUUGUGGGCUGGGCCUGGACUGCAGCUCAAUUCAAGAAGGAGGCCCAUGCUUCGAGCCCAACACGGUCCAGGCCCAUGCAGCCUAUGCCAUGAAUUUGUACUACCAAGCUAUGGGCCGAACUGAUUUUGAUUGUGAUUUUAGACAAACUGGGUCCAUUACCCAUGUUGAUCCAAGCUACGGAAGCUGCAAAUAUUGAUACCGAGAUGUCGAAAUGAAUAAUUAAAGACAUAGUUUGAGCAUAGAGGAGAAAUAAUUUCCUUAAUUAUUGUUUUUCCUAGCUUUGCUAGACAUUUUUUUUUUAAGGUGGGGUUAGUUGAUUGAUUAUUUGUUUCUACAAGAGAGCGGGAUAAGACCAUAGUUAAUCUUAUUCUCCAUGAGAUAUUUUAAUGAUUAGAGUUUGAAACUUUUAUGUUAAGGAUGAGUACUGAAUAUUGAGAGACGAUGAGAGACGAGUUUUUUCUUCUUAUAUAAGUCAAACUUAAUAGAUGAUUUAGUUUUGUUGAUAAAUAAUAUAACCAUUUUUCAUUAA